AUGGCACCUCGUCUUGUAGUUAUAAUAACCGCUAUCGUUUUACUUCUCCUGGCGGAGGCGCGUCCUACCACAACGGAGCAAUGCAAUGGUAAAUGGGAGGAAGGCUGUCGGAACAAGGUGGAGUCGUUGAAACUGAAGGUAAUAGCCAUAUUCAGUAUUCUUGUUACGAGCGUGAUCGGAGUUUCGCUUCCACUGUUCUCCCGGUCGGUUCCCGCGCUGCGACCGGACCGCGACCUUUUCGUAAUCGUGAAGGCUUUCGCUUCCGGAGUGAUACUCGCCACAGGUUAUAUGCAUGUGUUGCCGGACUCUUUCCAAGAUCUCACUUCGGAGUGCCUGCCGGAACGGCCGUGGCGGAAGUUUCCGUUCACCACCUUCAUCGCCAUGUUCUCCGCGGUUAUCACUCUCGUCGUUGAUUCCUACUCUAUCAGUUUCUUCAAGAAGAAGGUCGCUGCCUCUAGCGCUAACGCUAGCGGUUCCGCUUCCCUUGAAGCCGGAGAGAGGAAGGAAGUGGAAGUGUGCGGUCAUGGCCAUGGACACGAUGUACAUGCAGAUGCAGAUGCAGAUAGAGAUGCAAAUAUCGUGGAUGCCGAACAGUUGUUGCGGUAUCGUGUUGUGGCUCAGGUGUUGGAGUUAGGGAUUGUGGUGCACUCAGUGGUGAUUGGUUUGUCAAUGGGAGCUUCGAUGAAUCCAUGCACGAUUAGGCCUCUCAUUGCUGCGAUAUGCUUCCAUCAAAUGUUUGAAGGAAUGGGCUUAGGUGGUUGUAUACUUCAGGCUGAAUAUGGAACGAAGGUGAAAGGUGUAAUGGUUUUCUUCUUCUCUACUACAACUCCCUUGGGAAUUGUAUUGGGGAUCGCAUUGUCGAAUGUUUACAGCGACACUAGUUCAAAGUCGCUUAUUGUAGAGGGGGUUCUGAAUGCUAUAUCUGCAGGACUUUUGAACUAUAUGGCACUGGUUGAACUAUUGGCUCCUGAUUUUAUGGGGUCUAAGAUACAAGGCAGUACAAAGAUAAUGGCUCUAGCAUUUGUGGCAGUUUUGCUAGGUGCUGGGGCCAUGUCAGUCAUGGCAAUAUGGGCAUAA